GAAGCCAACAAGGUAAUCCAAGCUUUGUCCUUCCCAUGCCCAGAAACAAGAGCAAAAGAAAUCUUAUUAUGCUGCUAUUGAUUUAUGUUUUCUUGUGCUUCAUAACUUACAGGUGCAGAUAGAGAUAGAUUGACUAAAUUAAUAGCCAUGUAUGUAUUAUUUACUUCCCUUAUUCAUUUUAAGCAAGUAAUCCAAACUCCCGUUAUUCAUUGUUACUUGACAGCAUGCUUUAAUGUAUUUGAGAAUGGAGCAAUUUAGGGUUUCCGAUUUCUUUUUUCUUAUAGAUUUUUCUUUUUUCUUUUUUGUAAAAUUUUAGAAAUAAACAACGUUAUAUGCACAAAGUUUGAAUACUCAAUUAAACAUUCAGAUUGAUGGAUGAAUAUUAUUUUAUUUUUAAUUCAAAAUAUUCUUUUAAAUAGUACCGAUACAGAUAGUAUAAUUGGCCCAUCCCUAAUCUCUCUUAUUAUAUUUUUAUUUGAUUUUUUAAUUAAAUUUUUUAUUUAAUUAUUUUAUGAUAAAGUGAAUUUCUACUGAAACCUUAUCAUUAUCAAUUUUUUCUUCUUUAUCUUGAAACCAAAAAUAAAAUAAAAUGGAAUAACACAACCUGGCCUCUAGCUGUUCAUGCAAAUCUUCUUCAUCUUUUUGAGUCAAACAUCAAAACCCACAAACACAAUCAUUAGUCAUUAGAUACCAACACACUUUCUUGGGAUCCGUUCUUUACUCUCUCAAAAUACACAACCCAACAAACAUUCCAGAUCACCUUUUUCAUCAAAUAACAAUCUUUCCCUCACUCUAAAACACUCUACUUCUUUUCAUCUUUAAUGUCCUGUUCUUGAUUUAUGGUUGCAGUUCAGAUCACAGUAAUACUCUAAAACACAAUCCCAAGUUUGUUUUCACACGUUGAGUUAUUUUCAAACUCUACUAGUCAAACGGGUUACUUUUUUAUGUCUUGCAUUCUUGGAACCAAAGCAAAGUUGGGAUUUUGUUUAUUGUUACUCGUUUUCGAGGGUUGAAGAGAUGGCUCAUUCAUUCCCACGUAGGGAUAAGUGUAGAGAAUUUAAAAAAAGAGUUGUUUUGGUGGUGGGUUUGUUUUUGAUUGGUUUCUGUGUAUGGACGCCAGUGUAUUGGCACUUGAAGAGGGACUUAACUCAUAAAGUUUUGUGUUCUUGUGCUCCCUGUGACUGCACUUUACAACUUGACCUUCCUGCGCCAUUAAGUACACUUAUCAGUGACACAUUCAAAGACUGUGGUAAGCAUGAUCCAGAACUGAAGGAAGAAAUGGAGAAGGACAAUGAAGACUUGGUGGCAGAGGAGCUUCAUUUACAUGAAACUGUAGCCAGCGAAACCUUGGAGCACACCAGAGCAUUGAUAAAGGUUGCAAUGACAACAUCUUCCCAGUUCCAAAGAGAAGCAGAGAGAUGCAAUGCAAGAAUGGAAACAUGUGAAGAAGCAAGGGAGAGAGCUGAAAGAUUACUUGCAGAGGAACGCAAGCUUUCAGAUUUAUGGGAAAAACGAGCUCAAGAUCUUGGAUGGAUACAAGAUGGCAAUUUUUAUACAUGAAUAAAAAGAUAUUCUUUGAAAAGUACUACACAUGAUCAUAUUUUUUAGGCUCUAAUGAUGCAUCAUUUUAUACCGACAUUGACAUGUAAACGAUAUGGCAUUGUCAUUGGGGAGAAGAUGUUAGGCCCUUGCCGAGUAAUGUAACAUUUUUUCCCUUUUUCGAAGGUCAAAAGACUUGUUCCCACCCAAAGUUAAAUUCCGAUCUCUCAUACUCUUUUAA